AUGCCGGAAGGACAAGGUACGCUGCGACCACGGAAUCCCCGUGUGCUCGCGCUGCUUCCAACGGGAUACGGCAACACGAUGCUUCUAUCAUCCUGCACCUUUGACGCGCAAGCCGGAGAGAAAAGACCCGAGAAUGAGCCUUUCAGAUGGUGGAAAUGCACAGGAGUGAGUGAUACUCUGCAACCUGGGUCAAUGCUGCUCAAUGACGGUGAAACAAGGCUACAGGACCAAGAAGAAGCCACGACAGACGUGAUCGCGGUCGAAGGACUGAAUCGAGAACCGUCGCCCUUCAAAGCGUCUGCGUGUAACCCUGAAAUUGAGACACCGCUUCCUGCAGGGAAUCUGGGACCGACCAGUUUUCUCGAUGCGUUUGCAGAGACUCGGGAUACCGACAAGCAGCCGCCUACGGCCACCCAGACCGAGGCCGCAGAGGCACUGCCCGCCUACUGGGCACACAAAGUAGCCGAGAUUCUCCGCUGGCUGAAGGAACUGCCCAUUAUCGAGCACUUGGUGCAUGAGUAUUACCGACUCAGCCAGUCCGCCGCCAUACCCGCCCCGUUUAUCCUGAACGCACUAGCCUCCUUGUUAGGGGACACUGCUUCAGCCACGUCCGUUCUCCACAUCACCAGCAAGCGCUUCGUGAUUCCACCGACAACAGAGGGUAGUGGAUUUCAUGAGUUAUUCACCGGUCGCCAUCUUCGACUCGAGAUCAUCGCCGUUAUUGGUGCCCUCGCCGGCAAAGCUAGCUGCUUCGCGCUGGCUCACGGCAAGGUGUCCAGACAUUUCGGCCCAGACUACCAGGUCCGUUUCCCUCGGAGAAUGAUGACGAUGUGUGAGACGGUCCUCGAGGUCUGUCGGCUCCUUACACCGACCAAUGAUUUGACACUGACGAAUGGAUUCUGCACUGGCUCUACAACAUGGCACCGACUCGGCGAACUCUCCACCACCCUCUUCGAGCUCGGUCUCCACCGCGAAUCCAACGAUCUCCCCAUCUUCCUCGCCGAAACUCGACGACGCAUAUUCGCCGCCGCGUACCAGCUCGACAAGACGACGCUGGACGAUAGCGGAUGGAGCCUCCAAGAGCCCCCGGUAUUCCAGCGAGCAUCGUGGAUCCGCGUACGGUUCGAGCUCGGCACCCUCCGCGAGGAGAUUCUCGAAUUGUCUCUCCGCCCACCCAGCGCCGACACCGCCGCACACUUAAGAGACAUCUCCCUCCGCUCCGAACAAACCUGGUCCUCCCUGCCGAAACACCUACGAUCCUCUGCAGCUGCAUGGAGGGAACCGGGCAGCCUCUCCGUGAGCGCGCGCCUCAUGCUAACAGUCGCCCACCUGGCGCACCUAUACGACGAUUGCCUCGUGCAGAGGCUGCUUUUACGCGAAGACAGUCAAGCACAGGGUGCACUGCUGAAGGUCAGCGCGCAAAUCCUCUCGACGGUGUUGACGCUAGGAACAUACGGGGAGGCCGCCACGAUCCUCCUCUAUGGCUUCCCCAGCGCCAGUGUGCUAGUGAAAGCACUGCAGACUCAGAGCCGAACGGGCCAACCGCUUCCUUAUGCCGGAUCGCGAGCGGCGCUGAUCCGCGACCUCAGCGUCUUCCUGUCACAUCUGGAAUCCAUCGCGAAGACAGACAAAGUGCAUGGACUUCUGUGUGAGCGGACGAGCAAAGCACUCUUGCAGAUUUUGGAUGAGGUGUUGGAAUCAGGCCUGUCAUGCGCGCCGUUCGCUCCCUCGGAACUAGGUGAUUUGUCGGGUUUGGUGUCCGAUGAUUUGGGCUUACUUGGGGACGAGAUGAACUUUUGGGGAGGCGUGGAGCCGGGGAUUUACCGACUCCAAUCUCCUGCUAUCGUGGACUACGAUAUUUGCUAG